CUAAUUUUUGAUGACGUCAGUUAAGCGUGGCCGGAAGCGGGUCAGAUGCAUUGCUCUAUUUAGUCGCUCGUGAUAUUGAGACUGAUUCUUACUUUCAUAGAUCAUUAUUUGGGCAAAUACAAGAAGUAAAAGUCGUAUUCUGAAUUUAUCAAUUCGAUCAAUCAGUGACCUAGGCUUGUGUUUAUAUUUAUGUUUAUUGCGAACUGCCCUUUUUUUAAUCUUCUGAUUAUUGUCUUCGAUUUUUACGUAGAGAAGGAUUUUUACCGUCACAUGAACAAAAAUUUAAGAAACCUCUUAUGAUGAAUCGAAGUUUUUCACCUCAACAUAAUUCUCCUCGUUCUCCUGUUAAUUUUUCGAAUCGUUUUCGAAUGGCACAAUUUCCAUCACCUUAUAAUUCUAAUAUUCACCCCCGUAUGCAGUAUGGUUCUCCCCAAUCUUCUCCCAGUUUCCGCCACAGUAACAAUCAUUACAACCAAAUUUCCGAUAUCCGACAAAGGAAUUCAUUUGAUCUACCGAGCCCUCAAUUUCACAGUUCUCCAAAAGUAUAUUCACCAAGAAAUAAUUCACCUUAUGGAAGCUAUAAUUCUCCAAAUAGCUCUUGGAAUAACCAAUCAAAACGAUCCAUCGGCUCUAGUAGAAACUCCAGUUCUUAUUUUGCUGAUACUUCUGGUAGUCCCUAUUCUAUAUCUAAUAAAAAACAAAGGUAUCAAGAUAAGAAAAAUCGAUUUUCCGACAGUGACUCAAAUCCUGGUCAUUCCUUCAAUAUUGAAGACUAUAUCCAUCCAUCUAUGUUAGAUGAUCCUUGGGAAAAAGAUAUGAUCGAAUACGAGAAGAAGAAAGAGCAAUUAAGUCAGACUGAAAGUUAAGAUUCAUUGUGAAUCUUUCAAUUUUUACCCAGAGUUUUAUUAACUGACUUUUAUGUGUAUUGUCUGAACUGUAUCAUGUCAUUACUUUUAGAAAUCAUGGCUUACCAUUAGCAUAAAAUUGUCCAUAAUUACUAUGGAGUUUCAUGUCAUGUUACAGAAAAACUGUUUAAGGACAUUUUCACUGAUGUUCACUUGUAUAAAACUAAAUACUAUUUUCAUAUAGUAGUUCAAAAUUUUAAUUCACUCUCUUUUCAAAUGCAUCUAAUUCACUUGUAACUACCUUAAUUUAAAUAUUAAGUUGAAUAUAUUCAAUAAAUUCCUAUUAAAUAAUAUUUUAUUUAUUUAUUUUGCAUAUAACCGGAUACUUAUGUCUCAUUUGCAUAUUUGUUUUCUCUUUUUAAUGUCAUUUUGAAGUGAAAAAUUGUUCAAAAUUUAGUUGUAUUAUUAAGAUCUAAAAAGAGAGGUUCUUUUGAAAUUCUGAAAAUAUAUAUGUGUUGCAAAAACUUCUAUUUUUUUCUGCAUACAGUAUUUUAUUGUACAGUAUAGCUGUAUUAAUUUUUAAAUAAUGAAGAAAAUAAAUCUCAAUGAAAGAA